AUGUUUUGGCUUCGUUUUGUAGAGGCAUGGGCUAUCAAUCGCCUGUUGCGCAGUCCGGCCUUUCAUCAAAUGGUUCGCAGUGUUCAUCGAAGAGUUGAACGUGCUCGGCAUGGUGUGCCACCGGAGGAAAUGGGAGGAACAAAUAUCGAAGAGACCUCUGGAACAAAACAUUUUCUACGACUGUUCAAAGAGCAGAUCCAAGACCAACUCAAAGGCAACCCAACGAAACGAAACUGA